AUACUGUUGAAGGCACCUGCUCAGGACAAUGAAGCUCCUCAAUUAUGCUUUGGUCUAUCGCCGCUUUCUCCUUGUGGUUUUCACUGUCUUGAUUUUUUUACCACUCCCUCUCAUCGUCCGCACCAAGGAAGCACAAUGUGCCUACAUCCUCUUUGUAAUUGCCAUAUUUUGGAUCACAGAAGCCUUGCCCCUGUCGAUCACAGCUCUACUGCCAGGGUUAAUGUUCCCCAUGUUUGGGAUCAUGCGUUCUUCACAAGUGGCUUCUGCCUACUUCAAAGACUUUCACCUUCUGCUAAUUGGAGUCAUCUGUUUAGCAACAUCAAUAGAAAAAUGGAAUUUGCACAGGAGGAUCGCUCUGAGGAUGGUGAUGAUGGUGGGGGUGAAUCCAGCCUGGCUGACGUUGGGGUUCAUGAGCAGCACUGCCUUCUUAUCUAUGUGGCUUAGCAACACCUCUACUGCUGCCAUGGUGAUGCCCAUCGUGGAGGCUGUGGCGCAGCAGAUCAUCAGUGCUGAAGCAGAGGCCGAGGCCACUCAGAUGACUUAUUUCAAUGAAUCUGCCGCCCAUGGACUGGACAUUGAUGAAACUGCUAUUGGACAAGAAACAAAUGAGAAAAAAGAGAAGACAAAGCCAGCUCCAGGAAGCAGUAAUGACAAAGGGAAAGUGUCAAGAAAGAUGGAGACAGAAAAGAAUGCAGUCACAGGAGCAAAAUAUCGGUCAAGGAAGGACCAUAUGAUGUGUAAGCUCAUGUGUUUAUCUGUUGCUUACUCUUCAACCAUUGGUGGGCUGACAACAAUCACGGGUACCUCCACCAACCUGAUCUUCUCUGAGCAUUUCAAUACACACUACCCUGAUUGUCGCUGCCUCAACUUUGGAUCCUGGUUUCUGUUUUCCUUCCCAGUUGCUCUUCUUCUUCUACUUUUGUCUUGGAUUUGGCUCCAGUGGCUCUUCUUAGGAUUUGACUUUAAGAUGUUCAAGUGUGGCAAAACCAAAACACUCAAAGAAAAAGCUUGUGCUGAGGUGAUCAAACAAGAAUAUGAAAAACUUGGGCCAAUGAGGUAUCAAGAAAUCGUGACCUUGGUGAUCUUCAUUGUAAUGGCCUUGCUUUGGUUCAGUCGGGACCCUGGCUUUAUCACUGGUUGGUCGGUCCUGUUUUCAGAGUACCCGGGUUUUGUUACAGAUUCAACGGUUGCUUUAGUAGCAGGAAUCCUUUUCUUUCUAAUUCCAGCUAAGAAAGUGACAAAAAUGACAUCUGCAGGAGAAAUUAUUGCUUUUGAUUACACUCCUCUGAUUACUUGGAAAGAAUUCCAGUCAUUCAUGCCCUGGGACAUAGCCAUUCUUGUUGGUGGAGGCUUCGCCCUGGCAGAUGGCUGUCAGGUAUCAGGACUAUCUAACUGGAUAGGAAGUAAAUUAUCUCCUUUAGGUUCAUUACCAGUUUGGCUAAUAAUUCUGAUAUCUUCCUUGAUUGUCACAUCUUUGACAGAGGUAGCCAGCAAUCCAGCUACCAUUACCAUUCUGUUCCCAAUCCUAUCUCCUUUGGCUGAAGCCAUUCAUGUGAACCCUCUUCAGAUUUUGCUGCCUUCCACUCUCUGUACCUCGUUUGCAUUUCUUCUGCCAGUUGCAAAUCCACCCAAUGCUAUUGUUUUUUCCUAUGGCCACCUGAAAGUCAUUGACAUGGUUAAAGCUGGACUUGGAGUCAAUAUUUUGGGGGUGGCUGUGGUGAUGCUGGGCAUGUUCACCUGGAUCGAGCCGAUGUUUAACCUCCACGAGUACCCCUCCUGGGCUCCUGACUUUGUUAAUCAGACCAUGCCAUGACAAACACAGAAGAGCUACCAGUUUAUGGUGACUUUAGGACUUGUUAAGAAUUGACUGUACAAUGCCGCUGUAUAAAACUGGCACAAGCAAAUCAUCGUAUACAGCUAUUGCAAUUGCAGAACAUGCCUCACACAUGCCCCCUGUCAGCAUCUUAAUACAGAGUCCGUAUCUUUUCAAACACAAUCAAAGAGCAUCUACCCGCCUUCAUCAAGAAACUAAGGUUGAGACUGCACUGGCAGACCAUCUAUAUGCUCUUUCUCCACAAAAUGAUGCUUAAGGACCUUCAAAGAAGUUAGGCCAUUUGCCGCAUCUUAAACUUGGAGUUCAGUGUAACAUUGCAAACAUCAAUAAUUUGAAAAUUUUCUUAUGAAACUAAAAGCAGAAAAUAAAGUAUGAAUGUAAAUG